UGUAUAUGCGAAGUGCACACUAGACACAGUGUGUAUACCUCCAAGUGAUGUAUACACCGAGUAAAGUGCGCACUAGACCUUAUGAAUAGAUUCAAAUAAGCCAGAUGUGUAGCCUUGACCUGAUCAUCACUUAUACUGGGUGGUAAGAAAAACAAAUAUGAUUGGCAAGUAUUUAGGCAAUGUCAAGUGUAUUAUUGAAGGUCAAAACAGGUCGAACUGUAAGCAGCCACAUUUAAGACUUUCACUAUAUUUGGAUUGUGGAUUGUGGGCCAAAAGUGGGCCAAAUCGUACUGACAUAACAUGGUCAUAUGUUAGAGGAAAUCUUCAGUGAUGGGUCAGUACUGGGGAAAUCUUCAGUGAUGGGUCAGUACUGGGGCAAUCUUCAGUGAUGGGCCAAUACUGGGGCAAUCUUCAGUGAUGGGGCCAUUUUUUGUAAACACACAUGGAGUCGUCUCUCCCAACUAAAUAUGAAAAAUUUUGGAAGACAUUUUGCUAAAACAUAUAAAUUUCCCUUAUGUAUGGAGACUUUUUGGACACCCUGUUGUUACUGGUGAAUAUAUUGUAAAAUGAUAAGACGAGACUUUAAGAUGUUAGGAUGCAAUGUAAAGAUGUGUUCGUUAUUGUUUUAUUUAUUUAUUAUUAUUAUGUAUUUUUUCAUUAUGCUUAUUAUUCCCAUUUUUUUAAAUGUUACCAAUAGUCAACUAAGCUGACCUCUUAUUACCUACCUGGCUUUCAGCACCUACAUCCAUUUAGGUGGAAAUGUAGUAUGACAAGUAUGACAAGUAGAGCUUAUUGAUUGUACAGAGUUUACAAGGCUGCUAAGGAGACACAGGUGAUGAAUUCUAGUUUGUGUGUAGAUUGGUCAGUCAGAUAUGGCUGGCAUGCACUACUGAUCCUUCCUGUCAUCAAAAUGCUUACAGUGGACAGAUGGUCACCAUCGGGACAGCUAGCACUUCCAGCUAAUUAGUGAUUAUGCUGUAGUGGGGGACAGUCCAGAGUCAACAUUCUUAACUCAAAUCAACAUUUAAAAAAUACAUUUUGUAUUGUAAUUUUUUAAUUUUCAUGUUCUUGUUGUCCUGGUGAGUUUGUUUCUAUCCAUCAUAGUAAUUGGCUUUUGUCAAACACUAGCAUGAAACAAGAAUUUCUGGCUGAAUAAUUAUAUUGCUGCCAUUGAAGUAAUAUGAAUUCAGCAAAGCAUCCUUAUAUUUACACAUUGCUUUAAGGAAACUGCAAACAGUCCUCAAGGAGAAUCCUAUAAAUGGGGCAUCAGUUGUCUGUACAUGACCAAGAUGUCUCUCGGUAACUGUUGUGUGUAUGCUACUAUAAACACAGGCCUGGCUCAAAGUGGUGUCUCCAACUACACACUGACGUUGUGGAUACCACAGGGCAUUUAUUACCCAUGAUGGAUAUAAACUAAACAAAUAGAACUGAACUACAUUUCAUCUCCAACAUUUUUAAUCAAACAUAUCCAUAUGGAAUUGAUAGGUUAGCUGGUCAAAUUGGGGUUCAGUUUGAGUUGCUGUAGGACUAAACUAAACUAAUCUCGAUUUCCAUUAAAAUUACAUUUAACCCAAGAAAAUCUACCCAUGAAUGCUACAUAAAGCAUAGCUUCUGUAGCACAUCUCUGCCCUAAGUUCACUGAUCCCUUGUCUGUAUGAGGUGAGAGCAAGUGUUGAGUGCUACAGGCUAAAGCAGGUGCUGAAACAGGUGCUGCAGAAAGUUUAGUAAGGGGAUACAGAGCAAAAGGGUCGAGGGUUCUGUUUAAAAUCUAUUGAGACAUGUUGUUUGCUUUAAAUACAUCCAGCAAAGCAAGGAAACCCUUGCUCAACACAUACAAACACAGUUUGGAUGUUCACUGUGGGAUCUCCUGUUUCUGUAACAUUGCUAAGCAAUUCUGUCUCUAUUUAUAUUGUUCAUAAGUAGCAACGGUAAAAUGAGUCAAUAUGAUCAUCAUACCGAUCAUAAAACUGAUAUCUUCAAUGAAUAAAAAAUAAAGUAGUCACCAUUAGUUUGAAUCAGAGCAUAGGUUUGCAUGAAAGAUAUUUUUUUUGGUAGAUAUAAAAAUACAGUAAUAUCUUGUUUGUGCCAGAUGUAUGAUGUUCACAGCAUCACCAUACAUAUUCAGCUCCCAUUUCUUUUGCCAAAAUUCCCAGUACUGUUGUGUUUGUAAUUUAUUUGAAAUCUGUUCAUCUAAGGUUAAAUUCUUAUUUUAGUAAGUAUGCAGAAGUCUUGUCAUGCUUUGGGAAUGAACUUGUGGUCAGAAUGCUCUCUCUUUGGACGUGGAAAUGAUUAGUACUCCGAUGUCUGAGCUCUGCUAGGUGGAAUUCCUGGCGUGAGUGUUGUUCCUUGAAUUUCAGCCUUAUAAGGGCAUGUCUGAGGGUUCCAAGACUUCUUCAAACAAUGGCACAAUAAUCUAGCGUGCAGGCUCAUUUUUCUAAUGGAGUCUAAGAAUAGCUCUGUGCAAUUAACUGCAACCAAUGUUUACUGUAGUAUGCCUAUCUGCCUUUUAAAUAAUGUUGACUUGUAAAAAUGUAAAGUAACAUUUUAACUGAAAAUUUGUACGACAGUAGGUAAUAACAAUACAUAGGAUAUGGAAUUACACAGAUGGACAACAAAAAAGAGAUCAAACAUAAACAUUAAAGCCCUUGUCCACUUAUGUCCAUUUAGAUUUUCUUACUAUUAGCUGUAGUUUCUGGAGUAAACACAGUAUUGAGUGACAAAAGAAAGAAUGAUGAUGUUUUUCUUCCUGCUGUCUUCUUCUGGCUAGUUUGAGCUGGGAAUAGGAGCUGUCAGGUACUUUCAUGUACAGAUCAGAAUCUUGUGUGGUUUCUUAUGCAUUUCAGAAACAGUCCUAGAGUUUGCACAAUAUGUUGAAUCUUAAGGAAAACCUACAACAGCAGAAGACCACAUUGGGUUCUACACCUCUCAGCCAAGAACAGGAAUUUAAGGCAGCUGAGUACUGGAAAAACAUUGCCUGGUCAUCACCAGUAUUAAACGUUCUAGUUUUGGUGAACCUUUGCCCACUGUAGCCUCAAAUUCCUAUUCUUUGCCAACAAGAAUGGAACCCAAUGUUGUCUCCUGAUGUUGUAGCCCAUCUACCUGAAGGUUCAAUGUGUUUUGAGUUUUGAGAAUCUUUUCUCUCAUCAGCAAGCUGUGCCUGCCUGCAGAACGAUCACUCACUGGAUUUUUUUGCUUUUCGCACCUCUAUAUCUCUAUAAACUCUAGAGACUGUUGAGAAUGAUAAUCCCAGGUUUCUGAAAUACUCAAACCAGCCCAUCUCUGACCAACAUCUAUGCCAUGGUCAAAGUCCUGCGCUGAUGUAAAGGGGGAGGUUAAAGGUGAAGGCCGUAGACGGGAUCGGCUAAGGAGAACAAGAAGCAAAGAACAGCGGAGCUUUUCUAGGUCACACAGCCGUGAAGCAUCUGACAAGGAUGAGGCCAAAGAUGAAAAAGCACAUGUCAAAGAGGAAAAAACUUUGUACAAAAAUUGCAAGGGUGGAGAAAUGAAAAUAGAGAAUGAGGUCAAUGAGACCUCUGAGAUCAAGCCAGAAUGCAGAGAAACAGAGAGAGGGAAAGAAAUGUUAUCAGUGACGAAUCUAGAAGGAGAGGUCGAAAAUAAAAAAUAUAAACAAAGGGAGGCAUCUAAGAAAGAGCAAGGUAGCAGCAAGACAUCAGAGCUCAUCUCUAAACUACAGAAAAAGGAAGAUAAUAAAGAGAAGGAGAGAAAGGACAACAGUAAGAAUGGAGAAAACUUGAGAACGAAAGGGUUGAUAUCCAAGUUACAGGGCAACAAAGAGGUAGAAAACAGGGAGAAAGAAGAAAAAGGGAAGGAGGUAGAGAAAAAAAGAGAGAGUAAAACAAAAGGACUAGUCUCCAAACUGGAGGAGCAGAAGAGCCAAAAAGAUCAUGGCAGAGUGCCAGAAAGGAGAAGCAGACUGAGAAACCUGGAGGAUCCUGUGAUAGAGAAAAAGAAAGAAAAGGAACAGGAAAAGUGCACUGAGAAAAGUAAACUCUACCCUGAAAGAGAUAUAACUGGAACAGAGAAAAGAAAGGACAGACUGAAACGGUGGGGAAAAGUGGAUGAGAUAGAGAUGGAGCAAGAAAGACAGAAAGAGGAAGAGAAAAAGCCAGACAGAGGUAAAGAUGAAGGGAAGGGUGUAGUGAAGAAUGCUAAAACUCACAAUAAUGUUACUGAGACCUGCAGUAGUGGAGAUGACCAGUCUGCCAAAACGGAGGAUGAGGAAGAUUAUAUGGACAGUGAUACUGGCUCCAGCAUGUUUGAUGAUCUCUUGGAGCAAGUGCGCAGUGAUGAUCCUGAACUCACCGAGCUUAACAUCAACAACUCUGAUGUUAUCAAGACAGAUACACUGAUCCAGUUUGCUGAAGGACUUCGCAGUAACACUCACAUUAAAACAUUUGCUCUUGCCAACACAAGAGCUGACGAUCAUGUUGCUUUUGCCAUUGCUGGGACUUUACGGAACAACACUACGUUAACAGGAAUCAACCUGGAUUCCAACCUUCUCACCGGCAAAGGCAUUCUGGCUAUCAUUGAUUCUUUGCAGCACAAUGCCACACUUAAAGAGCUUCGCUUCCACAACCAGAGACACAUCUGUGGAGGGAAGACUGAGAUGGAAAUGGCUAAGGUACUACGGGAUAAUACUUCGUUACUCAAGUUGGGUUAUCACUUUGAGCUAGCUGGGCCAAGGAUGACCAUGACCAACAUCCUUAGUCGUAAUAUGGACCGUCAGCGUCAGAAACGACUAGAAGAACAACGUCUUGUCAAGCAGGAAGCUCAUGCAAGCUCAGCACCCCCUAGUGAAGAGAAAAAGAAGCUUAUACCUGAUAAGCCCAAACUUAAGCAAACUCCACAGUCCAACCCUGUUGAGAAAAAGGAAUCUAUCCUAGCAAAAGUUUCCAAAUUUAACAAUCCCUCUUCACCCCCCAAAGCCACUCCACACCCCAAGUCCACAGCUGCCCCCUCAUCCUCCAAAGCAACAGGUAAAAAAGGUGGGCUUACAACAGAGUCAAGCCCAGGACCUCCAGCUCCUCCUCCUCCUCCUGCCCCAGUGAUGGAUAUUCAGGCACUUCGGAGGUCGUUGACCUCAGUCUCUCAGCGCAAACAAGACAGCAGCAAUGUCUCAGGAAGUGGAACACAAAAAAGUUCCAGAGAUCAGUUGCUGGACUCUAUCAGGAACUGCAACAUGAACACGCUCAAAAAAGUUGAGGUUCCUAAGUGGCUGAAGUAGCAGAUGGCAGAAAAAUCAGAAGAGGCUCGAACCAGCUUUAGUGGAUGUCCAUGAUGACAAUGAUGGAUCUGGAGUCUAAAAGCAAAUACAGUACUAUUAGAGAACUUUGGUACAUUAGAGCGAUGCUCACAAAGUAUUAUAUACUAAAAGUUGGAUCCUUAAAGCUAUAACAGAAUUGGACUUAAAAGAUUUUUUUUCUAUUUAAUAGUUCAAUUGAGGAGGUCACAAUAAUGUUUUAAAACAUGAAGAUCUUAUAAUGAGCACACAUUCUUUGUAAAUCAUAUUUUAUUUUAAUGCCUAUAUAUUCCUCAUAUAAUUAAUUUUUGGGGCUUGAAAAUUGUUGAAUUGUGGAUGUUGACUACGAAAACAAAAUUUGUCUUAAAAGGGAAAAAGGCCAUUAACUACACAUUACAACUUUGUCUUGAAUCCAGAAUAUCACUAAACUGUGCAAGUCUAUGAGCUGCUUUUUGAAAAAGUCUAAGCUUGGAUGAAGUCUAAGCUGAGUUUGUAGUUCAGCCUAUUUAUAUACAGUUACAUUAACUCCUUAGGCAGACAAUUUUAUCUAUAGCAAUUUAUCUGCAUAGAUUAAGGGUCUUUCCAAAGGGCCCAACAAUGUCUCUCAAGCGGUUUUGUUCCAAAUGUCAUGAAGAAAAAAAUAAUAAAAGCACCAUUGCUGUA